GUAAUUAUGACAGACGCAAAUUAUCGAGAACAGCAAGCAGUACACCAAGUUUGGCCAGGUGCUGCAGUGAUUUAUAAUUUCUUUCAUGUAAAUAAAGAAUGGAACAGGAUAAUAAAGCGAUUUCUUGGUGCCAACGGCUCUCAGCAAAUCGUUUCUUAUAGAAAAGAAAUGAAAUCUUAUAUAAGAAGCUUGAUCCAUCAAAUAAACACUAUGAAUGAUACUAACCAUAUUAAAAGUCAAUUUGAUGGAGCAUAUAAGACUAAUUCAUCAUGUCAGAUCCUUAGCAUUUUAGAGGGUGGAAUUAAAUUUUUUCAAUAUCUGUUAAACAAUUGGUGUGGAUACACGAUACUUUGUUGGUCACAAGUUGGGAGAAUAAAUGCAGCAAAAAUUUUGAACAUUGACGUGUCGUCCAUCCCCACUACCAAUAACUGUAUUGAACCACUUGAUAAUCAUCUCAAUAAAGGAUCUCUACGUCAGCUUCAAAGGCGAGGUACACAGUUACGAGUUGAUAUAUUGGUCAUGUACUUAGUUGAAUGUGUUACACCCAAUUUCAUGAAAAGACGUAGAUUCCAAAAAUCAUUAGAAGAGAACCUAAAAGUACAACAUCAAAAUUAUAUAGAUCAAACUUAUGUGGAACUUUUAAAAGCGAAUUAUAAACACUCUGUAUAUACGGAGCCUGAUAAAAAACGAGAUGAUGAGGCAAAAAAAAUCGCAGCAUCAUUUCGGGGAAUUAUGAAAUACGAAUACACUGAUACACUUAGUGUAUGGGUAAGAUCGGAUAAAAAAGACAUCAUUUAUGUGGCAUGUAUAUAUCCAAUUGCAGAGGUAUCAUGCCAAUGCAUUGAUUUCCUUUCUAAAGGAUACGCAUGCAAACAUAUUCGCGCAUCGAUAUUAUAUAUGAAUAGUGUUCAGAUGGAGGAUAUUCCUUUCGCAACAUUACCAUCUCGUGAAGUAGCAGAAUUGGCAUUGGACAUUGAUGCUGAUGACGAUAUUUGGUUGGUUUCCGAUGAGACAGAAGACGAUAGCAGCGAAGAGAUUAUCGAGGAAUCGGUGAAAAAUGAUGGUAGAUUAAAAGUCACACAAACCAUUCCUACCAUAUUGCCCAAUUUGAAAGGAACAUCCACCAAUGUAGCAUCUUCAAAUCCCAAGCAAGAUAUGCAGAAUACAUGUCGUUCAAUAUUAAAUUCUCUUCAGUCAAUUUCGGAAACCUCAAAAUCUUUAGAUAAUGUCGUUUUAAAUUCAAAGAAUUCAAAUAAUGUUAAAAAAGGACGAAAUCAUUUUGAACAUGGCAAAAGAGCAUUACAAGGCUUAAUUCAAAGUGAUGAUUGGAAAAUUGCAUUGUUUAAUUUUCAAGCAUUGUUAACUGAAAAUCAAUCACCAUCCAAGAAACCAAAGCUUGAUUCGCCAAAAUGA